AUGGCUACAGGAAAGGUCGAACCUUCGACACAUAGAGAGACUCAGAGCUCGUCGACUACACCCGGGAAGGUCGAUUCUCCUUCAGAUAAAGCCCACGAAAAAGAAAAGCACAUUGUGGCGUCCGUCCGACCGCCUCACCAGCGAUCCUUCAAUCCAUUUGUUAUCAAAGAACGCCCGGAAGAGAAGCAGCUAGGAAUAUCCUGCCACACAUUGCGUCUCAGUGACUUUGUACUGCUGAAAACGCUCGGCACUGGUACCUUUGCCCGGGUGUGGCUGGCGCAAUUCAAAGACGAAUCGCUUCGAAAGGGAAAUGUCUACGCGCUGAAAGUAUUACGGAAGGCAGACGUCAUCAAGCUGAAACAGGUGGAACAUGUGCGCAAUGAGCGAAAGACACUUGCGGCCGUCGCCGGAUAUCCCUUCGUCACAACUCUGUUAGCGACAUUCUCGGACGAUCAAAGCUUAUAUAUGCUGCUGGAAUACUGCCCUGGUGGUGAGAUCUUCAGCUAUCUUCGGCGUGCGCGGCGGUUCAAUGAGAAUACUUCCAAAUUCUAUGCCGCCGAAAUCACCCUCACGAUAGAGUUCCUCCAUGAUGUCGAGGGCGUCGUCUAUCGUGAUCUGAAGCCAGAAAACAUCCUCUUAGACGCUGACGGACAUAUCAAAUUAGUCGACUUUGGCUUUGCGAAGCAAAUAGGGGACCGCGAGACAUACACAUUAUGCGGCACCCCCGAGUAUCUUGCGCCCGAGGUGAUUCAGAACAGCGGACAUGGUCUCGCGGUCGACUGGUGGGCACUGGGCAUCCUCAUCUAUGAAUUCUUGGUAGGGCAGCCUCCAUUCUGGGACCCAAACCCGAUGCGCAUAUACGAGCAGAUUGUGGAGGGCCGCUUGCGUUUCCCCCCGAAUGUGUCUCCCGCGGCGCAGAAUAUCAUCUCGCUACUCUGCAAGACCAACCCGAGCGAGCGACUCGGUCAUAUAUCAGGCGGUUCAGCCCGAGUCAAAGCGCACCCUUUCUUCGAAGGCAUCAACUGGGAUGAUUUGUACUACCGCCGGAUCAAAGGCCCCAUCAUCCCCAGGGUUGACCAUCCUGCCGACACCGGGAACUUUGAGGAUUAUCCUGACCCAGACGUAAGGGGUCAGGCCAUCUACACCGACGACCUGAAGAAGAAAUACGAACCUCUGUUCAGCGAUUUCUAG